AUGGGAAGUGAUGACACAAAGAAAAUACAAGAAAUGAAGACGGACCUGAACCUAUUACUGGAGUGUCUGAAGUAUCAAAUGGACAACCCUUUUUCACAAAAGGAAGCUUUGGUCACUAUUCAUUCAAUCUGUCAACAAAACAGUAAUGCAGGUAUUUAUUUUCGGGAAAUUGGUGGUCUGAUGUUUAUAAACAAUCUUGCAAAGUCAAGUGAACACAGCAUGGUUAAAGAAGCAGCUUUAUAUACACUAGGCACUAUUGCAGAACAAAACGUUUACUGUCAGCAGAAUUUGUGUACUUCAGAAUUAUUUGAAGACUUAAUUGGAUUCUUAUCUAACAAUGAUUCAAGCACAAAUUUGAAAAGAAUGACUGUGUAUGUUAUUUUGGUCCUGGUUUCAAAUAAUCGGACUGGACAGACUCUUGUGAGAGAAACAGGUUGUAUUACAGUUCUGUCACAGUUGUUCAGGACAGUUCUUUCAGAAUAUGAAGUGAAUUUGUCAGAUGAAAAUGUUUUCCAGAAUUACCAGUUGUGGUCUUCGGUGUGUAGUACUCUGUGUGUCUGUGUUAACAAUCCUCAAAAUGGUGAGAAUCAAGUGUUUUGCAGUUCACUCUUCCCACAUGCUAAUAACUGGCUAGUAAAUUGCAUGAUACCUGAGAUAAUUCGUCCUGUAUGCUCAUUUAUUGGACUCACCCUUGCAAAUAAUACACAGGUUCAGAAAUACUUUGUAUCUGUGGGUGGACUGGAUAUAUUGUCUCAAGUCCUUGUGCAGCUGGAAUCUGAUUCACACAGCUCUGUCUCCAGUGCUAAACUUGCUGUGGUGGUGACAAAGACAGUGGAUGCAUGUAUUGCUGAUAAUCCUACUUUUGGGGUAGUUUUGUCCAAGUACUGCAUUGUUUCAAAACUUCUGGCAUUACUACUUCAUGAAAGUCUGGAUUCAGGAGAAAAAUUUAGCAUAAUACUUACUCUUGGUCAUUGCACAGAGGAUUGUGCUGAAAAAUUAAGUCUAGGAGAAUAUUCUUUUGACGAAAAUGAAGUAAAACAAUUAAAUGACAUAAAUAUGAAAGAGAAGAAUCUUGGAGACUUCUGGAAGAAAGCAAAGGAAAUUCUGUACAGAAUAGAGCAGCUUGAGAAAGAAGGAAACGAGGAAAAAAUACAAGGAGAAACUUUUAAUAAUAAUGUUUCAUCUGUGAGUAUAAAUACUUUUGAUACUUUGAAACAACUCCAGGCAGAUGGUAUUGGUGGUGAUCCCAAAGCGGAAGAUAAGAAUAAAAGCCAGUUUGGAGUCACAUCUACAGCCUGUGGAGAAGAUGACCAACUGAAGACCCUGUUAAAGACAGCAAAUCCAGUUAAUGCUUGUUAUAGGGAGAGUGAGAGAAAGAAGACUCUAUAUAAAACCAAUUUAAACUGCAAUCAAAAUUUAUUGGAAGAAACAAACACUGCAGAAAGGAAUUGUCUUUCUCAUCCAAGAUCCAUUUACAUUAUGUUCAGAUAUAAUAAAUAA